AUGGCAAGCAAGUACAAAUACAACGACAUCAUCUACGAGGUCAAGGGCAAGAUAGGGAUCAUCAAGUUCAACCGGCCCAAGUCCCUCAACGCCUUUGGCGGCAGCAUCCUCCUCGACACGGUGUCAGCCCUGCGCGAGCUCAAUGAACACCCCGACACUGUCUUCACUGUCCUCACCGGCGAGGGCCGCUUCUUUUCCUCGGGCGCCGAUGUCAAAGCUGCUGCGGGCAAGCCGAGCGUCGAGUAUCCCAACCCGGCAGCGAAGAAGAUUGAAUUCAUGGCCGGCAUCAGCACCGCCAUCGAACUCCUCCGCUCCAUGAUCGACCACAAGAAAGUCCUCGUGCUAGCCCUCAACGGACCAGCCGUCGGCGGCGGUGCCGCGUGGUUCGAGGGCAUCGCCGACAUCGUGCUGGCCGCCGACACGGCGUGGCUGCAGGUGCCAUUCAGCGCGCUGGGUUUGGUGCCGGAGUUCGGAUCGGCCACCGCCUUCUACCACUCGAUCGGAGCCCACCGCGCCAACGACUUCCUCAUGUUCGGGCGCAAGCUGACAGCCCAGGAGCUGGAGCAGUGGGGUUUAGUCAACCGCAUCCUGCCCACACAGGGCUUCCACCAGAAGGUGGUCGAGUUCCUCGAGGAGCAGCUCAGCAUCAACGACGGCAAGUCCAUGAUGGAGAUGAAGCGCCUGCAGAACUUGCCCCUGCGGCGGGAUCGCAUGCUCGCGGUCUAUGACGCCUCCGAGGCCCUGGCCGAGCGUUUUGUUGAGGACGCCCCGAAGCAGCGGUUCGCCGAGAAGAAUAAGCUGUUGCUUGAAAAAUCAAAGUCUCGGUCGAAGCUGUGA